GGAAUGUCUUGACCGGUCUCAACAAGAUAACUUUUAAGGAUGCCUUUCGAUACCGAUAUGUCGGUGCAGUCGGUUUCAGCGGAAGAUUCAUACCACUUUGUACCGGAGGAGGAGCAGGAGGAGGGGAGGGAUGACAAGCGGGAGGAGGGGAAGGAUGAUGUGGAGGACGACGAACAGCAGCAGAACAUGCAGGGAAGACACAAAAAUAUGGCCGUGUACCUCCCAUGUUCCAGGGGAAGAUUCAUACCAUUUUGUGCAGGAGGAGGGCGGGAUGAUGAGUGCGAGGAGGAAGGGGAGGACGACGAACAGGAGGAGAACAACAAGCGGGAGGAGGGGAAGGACGAAGACAAGGAGGGCGACGAACUGGGAGACAAAAAAAAAUGGCCAUCGGAAAGUUCACUCCAUUUCGCACAGGAGCGGGAGGAGGAGGGGCAGGACGUCGAGCGGGAGGAGGGGAAGGAGAAGGACAGGGAGGAUGACGAACAGGAAGACAAUUAUGACCAUGCAUCUCCUCAUGUUGCAGCAGAAGAUUCAUUCCAUUUGGCAUGGGAGGAGGAGAGGCAGAAGGGGCAGGAUGAUGAGUGGGAGGAGGGGAGGAGGAAAAAGGGGAGGACAACAAACAGGAGGAGAACAAGUGGCACGAGGAGUGUAAGGAGGAGGGGGAAGACAACGAGUGGGAGGAAGGUGGACGAUGAACGGGAGGAAGUGUGGAAGGAGGGGGACCGCUAUGAGGAGGAGCAGGGUGAUGAGGGGAGGAGGAGUGGAAGGAGGAUGGGGAGGACAACGAACCACAGGGAGGAAUGCAAGCAGGAGGGAGACGACGAUGAGCGGGAGAAGGUGGACGACGAACAGGAGGGAGUGGCAGGAGCGCGAGGAGGAGGGGGAAGACGACGGGUGGGAGGAGGAAUGGGAGGAGGACCGGAAGCAAGACGAGUAGGAGGAAAGGGAGGACGAAGGGCAGAGUAGGAGGAAAGGGAGGACAAGGGGCAGAGUAGGAGGAGGAUCGGGAGGAGCAGGGACAAACAUCGGGAUUCCGUUUUCCCUUUUUUUCCCCUGAGAGAGAUGGGGGGCAGGAAGAGAUGUGCCGCGGGUGUAGCAUUGUUGUUUUCCUUUCCAUGCCAUCAGCUGCACACGAUCCUCCUCUUCCUCUUUCCCGCCCUCCCCUCCAUUUCGCUCUUCGCCUCUCCUCCAUCAUCUUCUCUCAUCCCCUCUGGUGGGCCGCGGCAUUGUUGUGGCAGCCUGGCAGGUCCAUUUGCUCUGUGUUGAAGUGAGCACCUCUAAGCAGUGCCAAAUAGU